GUUUAUUUAUAGUAUCUAUGCAUAUUUUGUACAUCCAUGCACAAGGACUUCUAAACAAAUCUUAUCGUUUGUGAUAAGAACCUAAAAUGAUGAAGCAUGGGAAAAAAAAACAAAAAAACUUUGCUUGGCCUCAUUAGGUCCUCCCACAGAGAGCCGACCAACCCAUCUCUGCUGUACUGUCUCAUAAUCAGUCCAGAGUUCACCUACCGCUUACAGUCGAGCUUUUCACCUUCUCCGUUCACAUCAUGCUCCCAAUACGCUUUGCAGAAUAUCCCUCUCUGCGGAGAAAAGAGGCCCGUGGAUUGAUUUGUCCGACUGAGAAGUGAUGUGGAGUGGUGGGCUGCUGUGAGGAGUCAGACCUGAGCUCACAGCUUUCAUUCAAGAUCAACGGGAGACCAAAGAGGAGCAAAGAGCUGAUUGGAUGGCACAUGGAAACUAGAUGCAUCGCUAAACAAGUCUGUUAUGUUGACGGUCAUGUCCCGAUAGGAGCAUGUCAAGAAGAAGCAGGUGUUUAUGUUUAACAAUCACCUUCUCCUCUAAAAACUGCCUGGUAUUAUCAGCUGUUUUAUGACUGGCUGAGUGUAAUGACCAAACAAGCAGUUGGGGAGUAUUAAGAGCGUCAGAAUGACCUGGACUGAGGACAGGAUGCUGAACUCUUCAGGUCCAGAGGGUCCGGUGGGGAACAGCAGCAGCGUGGAGCAGAUCCUCGUCCCCAUAAUGGAUUCGCUCAUUUUGAUCCUGGGAGUUACUGGACACAGCUUAGUGAUGGUGAUCUUGUGUGGACGACAGAGGAGGGGGGUGGGACGCACUGGACAAGCCACGAUGGGCACGGGAACGGACAUCCUGCUGCUGGCUCUGAGCGCUGCAGAUCUGCUUCUGCUCUCCACGAUUCCCUUCUACACGGUUUCCAUAGCCAUGCAGAAGUGGCCGUUUGGGAACGUCAUGUGCCGUCUGGUGGGCUUCCUGGGAUCUGCCUGCUCGUCCGCCAGCGUCUUCACCCUGGCGGCGCUGGCCGUCUCUCGUUAUCUGACUGUGGUGAAACCCACCAGAGCAUACAGCCUGCUCAUCCCUCGCAGGGUCUCCAUGAUCGCCGUCCUCAUCUGGGUCCCAGCCUGCUCUCUCGGAGCCCCUCAGUUGGCUUUCCGCUCUGUGGGACCCCCUCGACAAAUCACUGAUGGCCACACUUGCUUUGCCUUCCUAUCUCACGAGCAGCAGAUGAUUUAUGGACUGUUUCACUUCCUUGCAGCCUUCAUGCUUCCACUGGUCACCAUCGCAGUGGCAUACGGCAGCAUCUACGUGUUCCUGUGGCGAGGCCAGCAAGCUGGCAGGGCCGCCCAAGUCGAGCGCUAUCAAAGCAAAGUGACUCAGACAACAGCCAUGCUGGUGCUGGCCUUUACUGUGUGCUGGCUGCCCUCGUAUGGACUGACUCUGGCCUUACUGGCCAAUCCGAACUCGGGGGCCACUGGGGCCGCGCCGCGUUAUGGCGCCUUUAGUGUGUUUGCUCGGCUAAUGGCAACCUCCUCCACAGUGAUGAACCCUAUCCUCUACGUCCUGAUGUCCCAAAAGUUCAGACAGGAUCUGCUGAGGAUUUUCAAACGGGAACGACAAAACGUAAAGAACAAUGUGGUGUUGUCUGUUGUCUGACAGUAUUAAUGUAACCAACUCACUGACUGGAAAACAAACUUUAUGCUGUAAGACCUGUGAAUAAAAUGGCUGCCACUUGGCAUCAGCGACAGA